UGGCGGCUGCUAAGAAGAGGAAGCUCAUUAACUGAUACUCGAUGGAACUCGUAAAUAAACUGGUGCUUUACCUUUGGAAAAAAGGACGCCGCAACCACUGAGAUCGAAAAGGAAAACAUGUCAACCUGGCAAGCCACAGAACAAUCAAAAUAUGCCGUAGCUAUAUAUAAUUUUGAGGGCAGGGUCGCCAGUGGCUUGCAGUUGGCUGUUGGAGAUACCGUACAAAUCUACGAAGAAUGUGCAGGAUGGUAUCAUGGUUGCCUUACACGGAACAAAUCUCAGAAAGGAAUAUUCCCAAAAUCCUAUGUGUACUUAAAGGAGUGUGAUGUUGAGUACUAUGGCACUUUAUAUGAAGUUGUCAUUCCUAAAGAAGAUCCAACAGUCAAGGAGCUUACCUCGGUCUUGAGAGAAUGGUCAAUCAUUUGGAAACAAUUGUACAUGAAAAAUGACAUGCAGUUGUUUGUAGCCCUGAGGAAAAUCAUGUGGGACCUGGUUGAAUUUAGACAACAGCUCCUGUCAGGAACACUUACACAGGAUCAGAUGUUUGAAAUAAAGCAAAAAGCUAUCAAUGACAUUGAUUGGGCAAACAGUAAAAUGGGUUUGGAUCUCAUUCCAAGAAAAAAUGCAGAGGUUAUUGAUGGUGAUUCUACUAGUGUUGUAGAGCUUUACAAUGUUCAUCUUGAAAGUGCUGAGGCAAAUAAAAGUGCUAUGGGGAGAGGAACUAUCAAGAAGGCAAAAAAGCAGCAAAUCAAGACUUUCACCAGCAACCAUUUAUACUUCACCAUGAACAGCUUUGUUUGUAAYGUAGAGGAGAGCUGUCAGGUCUUCUUUUCUAUUUAUGAUGCUACAAAAAGUAAAUUUAUAAGUGAGCGCUUUAUGGUGACGAUAGGUAAAAGUGACAGCAAYCAAAAAGUAAAUCAGCUACAAAAUAUUAGCAAUGCCACAUGUGUCUUUACAGACUUGGGCGAAAAUGACUUACAUUCAAAUUGCUACUUAGUUGCACAGAUAGUUAGAGUUGGUAAAAUGCUAUUAGACUCUUCAUCUAGAAAAGYUUCCAACAUGUCCUAUAGAAGACCCUUUGGAUGUGCAGGUAUUCUUCAGCAUGAAAAUCCUCUGCUUCUUCCUCAUGGAACAGCAGUUGUCAGGAAGGUGGGAUUCCCAGACAUUAUCAUGCCAGGACUGUAUAUUCCUUGGGGGAGGAAGUAAACCACAGACAGAAUAUCAAUCUACAAUCUACUACCACAACGGCAGCCCCAAGUGGAAUGAAACUAUUAAAGUCCAAAUUCCUUUCGAGAAAUUCUACGGUUCYAUUUUGAGAUUUGGCUUCAGACACUUGGCUAAAUUCAAGGACAACGAUAAAGAUUCCAAGACCUUUGCGUUCUCUUUCCUCAAACUGAUGAGAGAAGACGGGACAACGAUAAACGAUUGCUUACGCGAACUUUGUCUUUAUAAGUUYGAGAAAAACACAUUCUACGACUCCAAAGCGUACAUCAACAUGCCAUCAACAGCGACUGAAGCCACAACCAUCAAUUAUUCCUCACAAGACAGAGUUGCUCGUUGUMCCAAGGAAACUUUUUUUGUGCGAACAGUUGUCUGCUCCACCAAACUUACACAAAACGUUGACUUGGUUGGUUUGUUAAGAUGGAGAGAACAAAAACAUCAACUACAAUUAGUUUUACAGUCUCUAAUAAAGAUAGACGGUGAAGAGAUUGUCAAGUUUCUUCAAGAUAUCUUUGACGCUUUGUUUUGGAUUUUAAACGAGAGUAUCGAGGAGUAUGGCAACCUUGUUUUCCAGGCAAUGGUCUUCAUUAUUUGGAUUCUGUCCAAUAAGAAAUACCAGCACUUCCAAGCAGUCCUAACCACGUACAUAGAGAAGCACUUUAGUGGAACUAUCGCUCACAAAAAACUGGUCAGUUGCUUGAAGCAGGUCUUGGAGCAAACAGGAGAGGCAACAAAUAUUGAAAGUCUAAAGAAAACAAUGACGGCUUUAGAAUAUAUUUUCAAGUUUAUUAUCCAGUCAAGAGUUUUAUACAUAAGUACAUUUGGCAACAAGGAAGAAGACUCCUUUCGACUUGAAUUGCGUUCAUUGUUUUUGGCUUUGAACAACUUGAUGUCACAACAAACAGGAGAACUACAGCAGGCUCAGGCACUUGCAUUGAGACAUUUUGCUGGGAUUUACGACGAUGCUCUUAAAGUAUUUAGUCGUACUGAGCUCAGUCAUAUCGUCACAAACUUCGUGAACAGCGUAGGAAAAAAUUCCCACUYCAAGACCCUUAUCUGCCCGAAACUACAGUGUAUCAGUCAGACUGUACAGAGUCAACUCUUCGUCCAUGAAGAUUCCAGAAAAGUACUUCUGCCAAUGAUCGUCAGCCAUCUUCACUUCCACCUGUCUCAAAAACAAGAGAUGAAAACAUGUGCCGAGAUCUUAGGACCUGUCCUUACAGCCCUAGAGACCAUGGCAGYUGGUGACAAAGAAGAAGAUAUAUUCCUUGUUGUCAAAACUUUACUUCAGACUGUGUUCCUGACGGUCAAAACGGUAGAUAGGGCUGGUACUCUGUCGCGUCAUCUUCUGGCCAUACUUAUUAACAUGCUGAGACUGAUGACAGAAGAUCAUUAUAGUCGUUUCCUUGAACAAUUCGAUGGCAGGAAGGAGCUGAAGGACUUCUUGUUUAAUGCCUUCGUGGUGUUCACUGAAAUGAUUAGACGACAGAGCUUCCCAAGGGAUUGGUUUGUCAUAAUCAUGUUGGCUAACCAUGUCAUCCUUACAGCAGUUCAGAAUUUAUCAGUUGCACUAAGUAGUAAUUUUUGCAACGAAAACUUUGAUUUCCAGCUGUGGAACAGUUAUUUCCAGCUGUCAGUAGCGUUUCAGAUUCAGCCUCAUCUUCAACUGGAAAACUUUACUGAAGUCAAGAGAAACAAAAUCAUCGACAGAUAUGGAGACAUGAGGCAAGUAAUGGGGUUCGAGAUCAGCGACAAGUGGCAGGACUUGGGUGAAAAUAAGAAACAUUUCAUCCCAAGUCUAAUUGGACCKUUCCUCGAGAUGACUAUGGUUCCUCAGACAGAACUACGCAAGGCAACAAUUCCUAUAUUCUUUGAUAUGAUUGAGAGUGAGCUCUUGAGCAAAGGAUUCAUCCAAACGGUUGAGAAUGAAAUGGUAAAUAAGCUAGACAAACUUGUGAGCUACAAUAGGAAAGCAGACGAUAGUCAGGAAAAAAAUGAAGUCACUAAAUACAAAGGAGACGAAGAGUACAAAGACCUAUUCCAUGAAAUGAGUUGCAUCAGUGACGAUAAUGCGAUACGAAGAUUGAGCUGUAUCGUCAAACUACUGGAGUUUUACAAAGGUAUCGACAGAGAAGACAUGUUUAUUAGGUAUAUCAACCGGUUGUGUGAGCUCCAUAUUCCUGCAGAAAACUUCACCGAGGCUGGUUUUACUYUAUUGCUUCAUGCUGAAUUAUUAACUUGGUUAGAGCGACCUGUAGACGAUACAAGGAGUUCUAUUACUGAGAGGCAACUGAAGGAGAAGCUGUACUUGGAUGCCAUCAACUACUUUAACAAGGGCAAGUGUUGGGAGAAGGGCAUCGAACUAUGCAAAGAAUUGGCCGAGCUGUAUGAGAAUGAGAUGUAUGAUUUUGUUAAACUUAGUGAUAUCUUGAAAUCCGAGGCCAUUUUCUAUGAUAACAUCAUGUCUAAAGUACGACCUGAGCCAGAAUACUUCAGAGUUGGCAUGUACGGCAAAGGCUUUUCUCCUUCAUUACGAAACGAAGUAUUCGUUUUUCGAGGUAAAGAGUACGAGAAGAUAGGAGAAUUUAACCGUAGAAUGCAGGCACAGUUUCCAGAUGCUCAGUUCAUGGACAAACUGACCCCUCCAGACAACACCAUCUUGCAGUCACCAGGUCAAUACUUCCAGAGUUGUAAAGUCAACCCGAUAUGUGAGUACGACGAUCUGUUCAGAGAUCGCUCUGUGGACGAGCAAAUCAUAAGUUACUACAGAGUAAAUUACGUAAGACGAUUUAAAUACGACCGCCCUUUUCAUCGAGGUGUCAACAUCAAGUCCAAUGAGUUUGCGAAUCUUUGGCUGGAAAGGACUACCAUUGAGAUUUCUGCUUCUCUACCAGGAAUACUAAAAUGGUUUCGUGUAAUCUCUACUUCAACGGAAGAAAUAAGUCCCAUUCGAAAUGCAAUCGAAACUGUKGAGAAAAAGAACCAGCAGUUACGCGGUCUGAUCAGUCGACUGUCAUCGCGACCCAACCAAAAUAUUAACCCGCUAAGCAUGGCAUUGAAUGGAGUCAUAGACGCUGCAGUCAUGGGCGGUACUGCAAAAUAUCAAGAGGCGUUCUUCUCUGAUGGAUAUAUCUUGUCAAAUCCUGAUGAUCAGGAGUAUGUUGAUCUAUUGGAGGAUGCAAUCAGGAAACAGGUGUAUAUCUUAGAAGAAGGUCUGGAUCUUCAUCAGCGUCUACUGACAAAAGCGCUGAUACCUUUCCACGAGAAAAUGGCUCACCAGUUUGCUAAGAUGAAAUUAGAUGUUACUGGAGAACCUUACGAAGUGCAACUGCUGAUCCAGUUGCCCACACCAAGCACCCCUGAGGAAUCUCCCAUGAAAUCUAAAGAUCGCAAGCUCAGUUUACCUCUCAGGAAGUCAAGUUCCCGCACRACAGUCAGUGAAAGUAGUGGAGAUUCACGCCUUAGUUUAUGGUACGAUAGCUCUUCACCAUCACCCAACACUCCUUCACCCAGUGCUGGAGCACAAAAAAAGAGUUUUGGAGGAAGCGUGUCGUCGUUAGCCAGUACCCUGUCACGUGUCAGUGGUUCGUCAUUUGGGAGCAGUAUGACGUCACUGAGUGGUAGCAUAGCGUCCUUGGAUACUUUGAGAGAGGUGGAUGAAGAGGUUCCUCCACCCAUACCAGAGAAGCAUCCACGCCCACCUUCUGAUCCGAUGAUUGAUCAGCGUGGGUUGAAGUCAUCUCCUGUCGUACAUAAACACGGUAGAAAUUCUCUACCAGCUGCUAUGAUGUCAUUUAGAAUAGAAGACGAUGAAAACGGAGCUGAUUUUUCUCCAGAAUUACCAAAGAAACAAAGAUCUGCGAGUUCCUUACUGACAACAGACAAUGAGGACCUACCAGACGCCCCUCCACCCCUCCCCCCAAGGAAAUCCAUGGUGUUUGAUUCAACCUCGAGUAACCAGUCAAGUUCUGACGAUGAUGAGGAGUCAAUCACACCUGUUGCUAGUCCUGUCCCAGAACUCCCACCCAAGACCAGGAAUAGCUCUUUCUUUAGUCAAGAUGUUGAAAAGGAAACCAAACCAGCCAACUUAAGGAAAAAGGCAACCUCCGAUGACAAUCCAURCAAAUUCCCUAUCCCUCUACCCAAGAAGCACACAAGCACUUCAUCACCAAGAUCGUCACAAGGGUUUUCACCACCAAGCUUACAAGAUCUACCACACGACUUAAACGCAACAUUCCCACCRCCAGAUUCUGUUAUCUUGAGGAGAAAUAAUUACGACAGAGUCAAGUCACCGGAUUCAGAUGAUACUUGCAGUGUAUUUUCUUCAACAGCAAGCGAAUCUUCUCGAGCUUCCAUUGCUUCCUCGGAGGAGUCUCUUACUCCAGCUUCGUCUGGUUUUUCUCCAACACCGACUUUAAGUUCAACGAAGUUCGUCUAUGAUGACAUCAACACUAAUGAAAUUCAGAAACAAAGUGAUGUGACAAACGUUCCUGUAGCGAGAGAUUUGCCAUCUCCAAUUAAGUCAUCUGCUAGCAAAAAUUUAUCAAACUCAUUCGAAAUUUCUCAACCUGGUACUUUGUCUAAAAUCCCAGAUGAUUUUUGGAGUUUAUCUGGGAAUAAAGACAAUUGGGAAAAUUUCGAUAAUGAUUUUCAAGAACUCUCAUCUCUAAACUCGUGGUCAGUGUCAUCUUCUACAACGGUUUCCAAGACAACCGUCGUAAAUGGGAAAACAGUGGCUUCAAGUUCUAGKGAAACGUCAUAUGAGGCAUCAGGUGGGCCCUCACAACCGAGGCCUUCCAGUUUGAUGUUCUCAUCUGGUAUUUCAUCGGGAUCAAAUGCAGCUUUAAUAUCUGAACUGGAGAAURCGAUGGGUGAGAGACGGAUGACCAUGCCUGAACGAUUUAGACCUACACCGCUACCGCGUAAACUGUCUUCUGAGAAGAAGAGCAGUAGUACCCCUGUUCUAGCAAGGAGUGAAGGGAAACUAGGUCACGUGCAGGAGGAACAUGAAAAGCCMCCUCUACCGCCGAUGGUGAAACCUCGACAUAUUUUUGGAAUCAAGAGUCCGGAACUACCACCAAAACCCGGGACCAAACCAGCAGUCCCAACRCCGUACUCUAUGAUACCCAAAGAGAGAGCACUCAAUAAACUAUUCUCAGUAAAAUCACAACCAGACUCAAAGAACGGUAAAUCAUGAUCGAGGAUAUCUAAUCAUAGUACACUUCAUAGUUUUAUUUUUUUUAGAUUUACCAAGUUAAUUAGCGGGAAAAUACAAACACAUACGACAGUUAUAGUAUCAAAAUUAAAUUUGAAUUAAUUUUUAAUAUCAAAAUAUAGUCUCCAUAUAUUGGAUACUUGCUCUUAUUUUCUGAAAGACCAGUAAACCAGUAAAUUUUUCCGUGAAGGGUCUUUCUUAGAUUGUACGAAUAUUUUUAGCAUUACUGAGUAGAUUAUAUUUGUGUAGGAAGUCUUGGUAACCAAGAUUUUGAAACUACUUCCAAAUCCUGUCGUUGUAAUAGGAAAGCAUCUGUCUUUAUUACCCCUCCCCCCACCACCCCCAUUAUGGUUUUUGGCUAGUUGGCUAGAAAUCUUUUGUUAAGCUACGGACACACCGUGCAAUAUUGCGCGUACAAUGUUGCAAGGAGUCGAUGUUGCAAGCCAUGACACGACGCAAUUUGUUGCACGCAAUGUUGCUGAAGUAGAAAACGUUCCUACUUCAGCAACAUUGUCUGCAAUAUUGCGCGCAUUGUUACACCGUGUGUCUGUGCCUAUAUGGUACCAACAUGACCGCGAUUAUGUAACAUGCAUUUGAAGAACACAGUUUCCAUUUCCAUGAAUAUACACUUGGAUGCAUACAUACAUGACAUUCACUUAUGUCGAAUGAUACAUCCUGUAAUUACAGCGCUUCUCAAUCACAUUCGAAAUCGUACAAUUUACCAUUACAACGAAGGUGGUUUUGGUGGACGUCAAUGAAGGCGUUUUCAUGAGAUUUCACUGGCAAGUGCAAAACCACGUUUUCCGACAAUGUUAUGGAAUCACUUUGAUUGUCGUACAGAGGUGGAUCUUGUUGCAACGGUAAAUUGUACGAUUUCGCGAGAGAGAUUGGGAAGUGCCGUAAGGCAUUAUUUUUCUCUGUUACGAUGAGCUACUUCGGUAGGCAAAAAAGUAUGAAUUUUCACCUUUGAAUGUUAUGCUGUGGUUUGUAGAGGGAAUGACCAUGUAACCAUUCUUGUCAAUAGUACGUUCAGGGAAAUCUGUGAAAUAUCUAAAGAUCACAGAUUAAGACACUAGUAUGGACCAUCCUAAUGAUUUUAGUAAUGAAGAAUCCAGUCUUGAAAUGAAAAUGAUUGGAUUAUCAAUGACCCCCUCCUCCUCCCCCUUAAAUCAUGAUCCCCACCCCCUUAAGAAAAUUUGGCAAGUCUAGCACCAUCGAUAUAAAAGUUUAAAACUGUUUCUUUUACCUACCUUGGAAAUCAAUAAAACGAGUAGUGGACUUAUAGAAUAGGAAUACAGAAUGAAUUGAGGUUCUUAUUUAGUGUCGAAAUGCAGCUUUAUCUAAAGUCUUUCUAUUUAAGGAACUGUAUUUUAAAUGAUAUAAAUAUAUUUUUGUAUAUUCUUUGUGCGAAAAAAAAAAACGGAAAAUGCUAAGUAAUUUGCAGAAUAAAGGAAUGAAAACUGA